AUUGAAGUGGCUUGGCUCAACGGAGUCAACGCCUUCUGUGUCUAACCCUCACACUCUCUUACGCGUUUCCCCCAUUGAACAUCCUUUUCUUCUCUCAUUCACUCGAAAAUUCAUGGAAAAUUAGACUCUUCUUUUUACACCCUUUUUUGACUUUUCAUUUCAUUUUUGCCUGGUCAAACCAUGCCUACAUUCCUAGAAUGCCCACACUGUCAACGUCUAUAUUCAAAACAUUCGUUGCUUAUUCAUGAGAAGAAUUGUAUUGAGUCAAUGCACAAAAUCUUAGAGCAAGAAAAGCUUAAAAUGCAGAAUAAUCAAAAAAGAGGUAGAUCAAAGUCUGGUAGACGAAAAAAAAUUCGACCCGCGGAAAUGACAACUACGGAGAGACCUCGAACACGAUCAUUAUCAAGAUAUAAUCAUGAAAAUAACGGACUUCGAAUUUGUUUUGUUUGCGGAGAGCAAUACGACGACCAAGUCAUCGAAGAGCACAAGGAAAAGUGUUAUGGAGAUUGGUCAAUAUUGUCAAAAUCUCUAUCCGUACGAUUUCACAUUCAUCAACCAAAAACCCUAAAUACUCCAAGUAUAGAUGGAACAAUUGAUGUUGCUCGAGAAAAUAUGAGAGCUGUUCAGAGUUCACAUAACUGCCAAAUUGUUAGAUGCCGGUUUUGUAAUGCUCGAAUUUCUUUGCAACACGCACAAUCACAUCAGUGUGUUCGAUUUGAACCGACUAUUGAAUUUUAUUGUUAGAUAAUAUUAUCAAAUCAAAAAUUUUUUAUAUUAUCAUAUUCCAUCCGGAAAGAGAAUUCGCCAAUUUUUUUUUGAUAACUUUGGAUGUUUUUUAUCGAUAGUAUUGCAGAAAAAAGUUUAUAUUCAAAUUUUUGUGCCAAAAGGAAUUGUUGCAAUAAUCGUUGACGAACAUGUAAUUCUGUCUUUGAAACACUUAAAACAAAUUAUUGAAUGUUUUAAGUGCUAUCUUUUCAUAAAACCUAAAAUAAAAAAUUAUGAAUUAGAAAU